CUGACUUUUUAUAAACAAAAGACUAGCAGUAAUAAGUAAGUUUUGAACUAUAAAUAUGGCUCUAAACUUUUAACAUCAAGCAUCCCACAUCUCCCAGAAUUCAUAGAGUAUCAUUUAAUGGGAAAGAGAGAGUAAAGGGGCGAAAAGAAAAAGAGGGGAAAAAAAAUGGGAUCCAUUUCUGUGCCAAAAGAAAAACCCCAUGCAGUUUGCAUCCCAUAUCCAGCACAGGGUCACAUAAACCCGAUGCUGAAACUAGCCAAAGUGCUUCAUCACAAAGGUUUCCACAUCACUUUUGUCAACACCGAAUUCAACCACAAGCGCUUACUCAAAUCCAGAGGCCCAGAUGCCUUAAACGGGUUGCCUUCAUUCCAAUUCAAAACCAUCCCAGAUGGGCUUCCCCCAUCGAACGUCGAUGCAACUCAAGAUGUCCCGGCCCUUUGUAAAUCCACUACCACCAAUUGCAUUGGUCCCUUUAAGGAGCUCAUCGCAGAACUGAAUCGCGACGCCGCCGUUUCGUCCUUACCGCCAGUUUCUUGCAUCGUUUCUGAUGGGGCCAUGAGCUUCACCCUCGAUGCUGCCGAGGAGUUUGGAAUCCCCGAGGCGUUGUUUUGGACCACAAGUGCUUGUGGAUACUUGGGUUAUUGGCAGUAUUCUAAGAUCGUUGAGAAGGGUCUCACGCCACUCAAAGAUUCAAGUUAUUUGACAAAUGGAUAUCUUGACCAAGUGUUGGAUUGGGUUCCGGGAAUGAAAAACAUACGGCUAAGGGAUAUUCCAAGUUUUGUUAGAAGUACGGAUCCAGAUGAGUACAUGAUAAAAUUCGUUCUCCAAGAAACCGGGAGAGCCCAUAAGGCUUCUGCAAUGAUUUUGAACACCUACGACGAACUUGAGAAAGACUUUCUUGGUCCUCUUUCAACCCUUCUUCCUCCUAUUUGCACCAUUGGGCCGCUAAAUCUGCUAGAAAAACAAGUGGAUGAUGAUAAAUUAGCCGCUUUAGGUUCAAAUCUCUGGAAAGAAGAGCCUGAAUGCCUGGAAUGGCUUGACAAGAAGGAUCCUAAAUCGGUUGUUUAUGUAAACUUUGGAAGCAUCACGGUUAUGACUUCUGACCAACUUGUGGAGUUUGCAUGGGGACUUGCAAACAGUCAAAUACCAUUUUUGUGGAUUAUUAGGCCGGAUCUCGUCUCGGGCGAUUCCGCAGUUCUUCCUCCUGAAUUUUCGGAGGAAAUUAAGGGGAGAGGGUUAUUGGCAAGUUGGUGCCCUCAAGAAAAAGUUCUUACCCAUCCUUCUGUUGGAGGGUUUUUAACUCACAGUGGAUGGAAUUCGACCCUCGAAAGUAUUAGCAAUGGUGUGCCGAUGAUUUGUUGGCCGUUUUUUGCCGAACAACAAACAAAUUGUUGGGCUUGUGAUACUCAAUGGGGGAUUGGAAUGGAGAUUGAUAAUAAUGUAAAGAGGGAUGAGGUUGAGAAUCUUGUGAGAGAGUUAAUGGUCGGAGAGAAAGGUAAAGAGAUGAAGAAAAAGAGCUUGGAUUGGAAGAAUAAGGCUGAACAAGCAGCAAAAAGUACUGGUUCUUCGUCCUCUAAUUUGGAGAACCUUAUCAAAGUCCUUCAUCCAUCUUAUUAAGUCUCAAACCAUGGGUGCAUAAUUUCAUCAUAUACACAAUAUGUAUAAAUUCCGACCUUUUUUUUGUUUUUUU